AUGCUACUGACAUUCGACACGGCCGGGCCGGCACAGGUCUCACUCCGAGUCCUGACCAUCGCCGCGCUAGCCCUCACCUGCAUCAUCACCUAUGACUACAUUCGGGUGCUCCUCCUGCGCCGGAAACUCCCACCGGGGCCCUUCCCGCUGCCCGUCCUCGGCAACCACUUCCGCAUCCCCCACUGGCAGCCGUGGGUAAGGUUUGAAGAAUGGAGCCGGCAGUAUGCGAACCCCAUGAUCACGAUCUGGCUGGGGAGCCGGCCGGUCAUCGUCCUCAACGACGCAUGGACCGCGUCGGACCUGCUGGAGAAGCGCGCGGAUGUCUAUUCGUCGCGCCCCAGGUUCGUGGCCAUGGGGGAGCUGACGGGGUCGGCGACGACGAACCAGGCCACGCUUGUGUAUGGGGACAAGUGGAGGCUGCAUAGGAAGCUCACGCAUGCUAUCGUCGGUAGCCAUGUGGUGCGAGACCAUCGGCACUUCCAGGGUGACGAGUCUAAGAUUUUGACGCUCGACUUCUUGACCGAUCCAGAUGACUAUGUCAUGUCCAUCGAGCGGUAUUCUGUCUCGGUCGUCUCGAUAAUCGGGUGGGGCAGACGCAUCGCAAAGAAGAAUGACUACGUCUGCCAGAAGGCCCUGGAGACAAUGGCUGUCGUGAACUAUGUCAUCCCGGGUUGGCUGAUAGUCGAGACGCUGCCCUGGCUGGCGCAACUACCACCCUGGCUUUACGCCUUCCCUACUAUCGUGAGGACAAUCUCGUCACACCUGGCCCAGUACUUCUAUGCUCUCAACAAGGAGGCGGCCGCAAACAACCCAAACCCGAGCUUUGCGAAAGAUGUCCUGGAGAAGCAGCCCACUCUUGGAUUGAGUGAUGAGGAGGUGUCCGCUUUGACAACGAAUCUGCUUGGCGCCGGCGUCGACACCACAAGCGGAACUUUGACCUCCGCCAUCCUCGCCCUCUGCCUCUUCCCAGAAGUUCAGACCAAAGCCCAGGACGAGAUAGACACUGUGCUGGGAGGCAGGUCACCCACUUGGGAGGACCUGGACGCCGGCCGUCUACCAUACACGAACGCUCUAGCCCGUGAGAUCAUGCGCUGGCGGACGGUGACCAUCCUCGGCGGGAUACCCCACGCGCCGGUCUGCGACGACACGUACCGGGGCUACCUGAUCCCCAAGGGCACACAGCUGACCUGCAACACGUGGGCGAUCCACCGGAACCCGGGUGAUUUUCCCGAACCCGACACGGUGAGGCCCGAGAGGUACCUAGGCAACCUUCCCGGAGGGCUCGCCUUUGAGUACCCUAACAGCAGGGGCCACAACGCCUUCGGGUGGGGGAGGAGGCAAUGCAGCGGGCAGCCGUUGGCAGAUCAGAGCGUGUCGAUGGUGGUGGCCAGGUUGGUCUGGGCGUUCAAGGUCGAGCCAGGACUCGACGAGAAGGGAAACCCAGUCCAGUUGAGUGCUUUUGCGUAUAAUGACAGCGAGAAUAUACGCCCACUGCCGUUCAAAGCACGGUUCACACCACGUUCGAGCAAGACCGAAGAGCUGAUCUUGUCAGAGGCACGUGAGGCUGCGCAGAGGUUGAGCAUAUUUGACGGUGACACGAAUUUAACGCUGGAGUCGGUGCUGACAAACGCCGAGAAAUCGUGA